UCCGAUGUCUGCGCAAACGGCUGCGAAUGGGAACCGCAGGAGUGGAUGUGAAACCCUGCGAGAUGGUCAAAAGUUUUUUGUGCACAUCCCUCCCUUCUUGCCUUUCUUAUUCUUUUUCCAGCCAUGCCUUCGUCUCCCACCCAGCCGCUGCUCAGCAGUGCCAGAGUCACAUACUCAGCGACGCCAGAGCCAGCAGCACUCACAGACUCCAGCGAUUCGCCAGCAGCUGUUCACAAGAAAGGCAGCAGCGUCGAGACCUUCUUCCACAUCGUGUGCAUUACUGCGGGCACAGGCAUCCUCCAGCUCCCGUAUGCGCUAAAGGAGGGUGGAUGGAUCGGAGCCUUCUACAUUGUGCUCGCAGGCAUGAUCUCAUCGUACACGGGAAACAUGCUGAUCCGCUGCCUCUACUGCAAGCAGGGCACGCGGCUCCAGUCGUACUCUGACGUGGUCGAGGCAGCACUGGGCCGGCGCGGCAAGCAGAUCGUGCGGACACUGAAGGACUUCAAUUUGCUGGGCGUCGUUGGCAUCUACAUUGUGCUCGCAGGCGUCAAUAUCUCGACACUCCUGGCCGACUCGUCUGCCUUUGUGCCGAGCGUGCAGUUCUGGAUCGCAGCAUCGGCAGUACUGGUGUGGCUGGUGAUUGUAUUGGCGCGUGAGAUCCACGAUGUGUUUGUUCUCAGCUUCUUUGGCACGUUGACGACCGUUGUCACUGUGGUUAUUAUCAUGUGGAUUGGUAUCGGCGACGCCAGCCGGCGGAAGGAGGUGCCGCCGACGAAGCUGGUGGAUGGCAAGAUGCUGCCGAUCUCGCUGGCGUCGAUUUGCUUCAGCUUUGGCGGCAAUCUGAACUGGCCCGACCUCGAGGCAUCGAUGGAGUCGCCGAAGCUCUGGAGCAAGACGCUUUCGGUGGCCACCGCCUUCAUUGCCUUCAUCUACCUGUGCGUGGCGGUGAUUGGGUACGGUGCAUACGGCGACCACGUGAUGUCGCCCAUCCUGCUGAGCCUGUCCAAAGGCCUACCUGUGGCUACCGCAAAUGUGAUGAUCACCGCCCACGUCCUGCUCGCCUGUCCGAUCCUACUGACCGCCGUGUUCAUCGAGGCCGAGCGCGACCUAAACAUCGACGCCGCCCACCAUUCGCCGGCUGCUGAGCGCAUGUACCGGGUGCUGUUCCGCACCGCCAUGAUGGCCGCCAUUGCGCUGUGCGCGCUGUUUGUGUCUGACUUUGCCAAAUUCGUGCCGAUUCUGGGUGCUGUGGCCGCGUCCAUGGUGGUGUUUGUGAUCCCGGUGGUCUGCUACAUCAUCCUGUACCGUGAGCAGUGCACCUUCUCGCCCUGGGAGUACGCGUGGUGUGCGCUCAUCGUGUGCGUCGGGCUCAUGUGUCUGGUCAUCGGCACCUCAGAGGCCAUUGGCAAUCUGUAAGUGCCCAAAGUGACACAGCAAACAGACCCACACAACGGCGCCCUGGAAAAAAUGACGCUGUGUUCGCUAGACGUACGUCACGCUUUCAUGCUUGGAAAAUACUCAAAUGUGUGGGUUUGCGUGGCCAGCGCUUGGUUCUG